AUUUGAAAGUAGGCGCAUUGAAUUUGCAGAACAAUUAAAUAAAAUGGAAGCAAGGCCUAGGCGCCAUUCCAUGAAAGAGAAAGAUCAAGAAAGGAAGCACGAGGAUGACGAUGAAGAACAGAAGGAGGAUCGAGAAGAUGGUAAGGUGGCUCGGCAUGAGAGAGAGGAGGAGACAGGUAACCUGCGUAAUGACAUAGAGAUGGAGGACACCUUUGAGGAAGAGAAAGAUGUAAGUGUUAGUUUAACAGACAUAGAAAUGGCGCAGGAGAGUAGACUUAUAGAAGAUGUUGAGGACUCUAAAGCUGAGGAAAAGAUUGAGGAAGAGGGUAGAGUAGAGGUGGAGGUGCCCCAGGUUAGUAAGUGGGAAGAUCAGGAAGCUGAGGUUGAUGAGGCGGUAAAGGAAGAGGAGGAGAGGAAAGAUGGUGUAGAUGAGGAUCAACAGCAGGCAGUGGAUACCAGCCAGCCAAGUGUCUUGGAAUUGGCAGAUGACAUUAACAAUAGUAAGGAAGUGGAGAGAGAGGAGAAAACUGAUGAUCAACCUGAAAAUAAGCUUGAUGAGACAGAUCAAAAAAGUGAACCAGACCCUGACCUAGAAACUGAAACUACAGAAAGACAAGAAAAGGAACGACUGACGGAACUGAUGUUCCAUCCACCAACUAAUUAUGAGCCUCAGACAAGGCUGGAAACACACUACCGUGUGGAAGAGCAGCCGGUGAUAGAGAAACAGGAGACUGUAGUAGUAGCUGUAAAUACGACUGAGACCCAAAUAGAGCAGGUCCAUAUCUCCUCAGGACUGCAAGUUAAAAAGAGCAGUAGAGGAAGAAAUAAGAACAAAGCGGGCAAGAGCCGAAGUCUUAGUAGCAGCAGCAGUAGUUCUAGUAGCAGCUCCAGCUCCAGCAGUAGUGGAAGUAGUUCUAGCAGCAGCAGUAGUCACAGCAGUUCAAGCAGUAGCAGCAGCAGUGGAAGCAGUAGCAGAGAUAGCAGUUCAAGCAGUAGUAGCAGCAGUGCAAGUCGAAGCCGGAGUAGAGGUAGAGGUCAUGUCCGUGACGAAAAACGCAGGAGAAGUGUGGAGCGAAAGCGCAGAGAUGCGUCUGGCGUAGAAAGGAGUCACAAGUCUUCAAAAGUCAGUAGCAGAGACUCCAAAGGAUCCAAGGACAAAGGAUCAUCGAGGUCUGACCGGAAGAGAACCACUUCGGAAGGCAGCCGGUCUGGCAAAAGACCAUCACGAAGCGAAAGAGACCGUAAAUCAGACAGGAAAGAUAAAAGGCGUUGACAAAUGAAUGGUCUGUGGACUGUAGAUGAACAUGGUGCUGCCUUAACAAUAGUGUGGUACUAAUUGUUUUGGAAAGCACAAUUUUCUCUUUAUAUAUAUUUUUUUUUUUUCUGUUUUUUUUUCUUCAUUUUGCAUAAUUUUCAUAUUUUGUGAUUAAACAGAUGUAAGCGCAAAGAUCUUCAAAUAAAACUGUUAAGGAUUUUUCCCUUAUCUUCGCCUCAUUUAUUUGCUAGCCUGGGCUUUAAUAUAACCACACCAUAUCUGUUUUAGAUUUUAUUGAUCUAAGCAAAAUUGAGACCCCAUUAGAUACCCCAUAUUCAUAUUUUUAUUUUUUAACUACGGAGUGAAGGCUAGUCUUUUAUUGGAUUCAGUUUCAGAAACUGUAGUAUUUCAUCCUUGUCAUCAUGGAAUACAGUUUUUAAUUUCCUAAAGAUUACUCCCACACUUACUAUUUUAAGGGUCAACAUAAAGAAAUGCUAUUAAUGUUGAGCACUUACUUUGUCCUGAUUAGAGAACUCUCCGCGUCCCGCUAUCUGAACUCACGGUUGCUGCGUCUGGUUUGAGCAGCAUCUCAGGGUGACAAUGUACUUACUAAUAGACAAAUUAAAGUUAUAUGUACAGAUCUUGUUUUUAUCCAGUACAGUCUGUUUGGAAUAUGGUAAAUUAGUCUCUAAUACUUGGCAUUGCCAAAAUAUUUUGCCACCAUUGUAUGUUUUAAAAUUUUGUAAGACUGGUUACAACUGUUGAGCUGUGAUGUGCAAAUAAAUGAUUUUUGACUAGCA